CUGAAUUGCUUCAAUUUUUUAGAGUUUUAUUUACAUCGAUGCCUGGAACGUAUUGCCGGCUCGUUUAUAUUCGCAGCAGAUUAUUUCAAUCAGAGUGUCUUCGGCUGGGAGCCGUUAGUUGAAGAUUGGCAUUUGAAACAACUCAGCAUGGCCAUCAAGAAUAAUGCUGUUACUGUCGAUGUUUUUGCUGAUGAACGCAGCACUUUCAACAUCAAUAUAACGCAAGCAUUUUUGCGACAGGCAAUGCAUCUCAGUUCUCAGCUCAGUGAAAUCAAGCAGGCUUUCGACGAUGAUUUCCGAGGGACAUGUAUGCGAUCACGAUCCGAUCACCUCCCAUAUAUCCUGCACAACGAGACUGGAUCCGAUCUACGGUUUACAACAGAGGUUAAUGAUGUAAUCGAAGCUCGGAAAAUGCAGAGGAAAUCUACUGCCAAAUGGUAUUUGACCGCAGCUGGCACCACAACCACAUUCGAAUUUCCGACCAAACGUCUUGCCAUUAUUGAUAGUUCGGAAGAGAUGCGACAGUUAAUUGUGCGUGUGGAUGGCUGGGAUGAGAUCUCUCCAGUGAACGUUGACGCUGUUGGUACCUAUUUUCGACUGGCCAUGCAUUCCGCUUCCCGGAGCGUGAGUUCUCUCUACAUUUCGGGAAAAUACGCAUUCGAUUACGUGUCCUGCAGUCAUUAUGUUUCUCGCUACAAAUAAAA